CAAGAUAUUACACAGCGUCACAUCCCUGGUCUACAUAAACCAGUUCUUGCAUCAUCUUCACUAUGGCCGUCGACGACGAAUUCCCGUUUCCAGUUGUUUCCUUCCAACCAAUCUUGACUGGAGGUGAAGAAGAGAAAGCCAAAGUAGCUCUACAGCUGUACGAUGCCUUCCAUACCUAUGGCUGGGUGUACUUGAAAGAGUUUGGAAUUUCUGCUGAGGAGAUUGACGAAAUGUUCGGAUAUAGCAAACGCUUCUUCGAUAGACCAGAGGAAGAGAAGUUGAAGGACAAAGUCGUGUCAGCAGCCUACUGCCAGGGGUAUACCGCGAAUGGUGCCGAGUCAAGCGACACGAAGGGCGGCAGGAGUCAUAAAGAGUGCUACGAGCACCGCCGAUUCAACAACGACCUUUGUCCAGCAGCCGGUGGUGAAGACGGCUUCCGAGAAUUUGCAGACUCUUUCUACCAGAAAUGCUUCACCCUCGCUACAGAGGUCCUCCGUGCCCUCUGCAUAGUCCUCGGUAUCGCCCCUACCUACUGGGACGACAAACUCGCCGCCGCCGACCCUCAAUUGCGCUUCCUGCGUUACAUGUCGAUCCCCAAAACCACCCUCGAGAAAGAGGGCAACUACCGCAUCGAACCACACACCGACUACGGCCUCUGUACGCUUCUUUUCCAAGACGAAGUCGGUGGACUGGAAGUUGACCGCUUCCACGAUGGGAAGUUUGCGCCGGCCACGCCGCUGCGCGGCACCUGCAUUAUCAAUGUCGCAGAUCUGCUGCAGCGGUUGUCAAACGACAAGCUACGAUCUACAAGGCAUAGAGUCAUGAUGCCACUGAUGGAGCCGAGGGCUGAUGGGAUGCUACCAGCUCGGUACAGUACCGCGUUCUUUGUGCAUCCGGACCCAGCGACGAUGAUUGUGCCAAUCGUGAAGGAGGGCGAGACGACGCCGUACGAGCCAGUCAAUGCGGGAGAGUGGCGGACGAUGAUCACUUCGAGAGAUUAUGGAUAUGCGCUGCCGGAUAGUAAAGAUAUGGAUGUGAAGAUUGUAGCGGCGAGUAAGGGGGAGGAUUACAUGAAUGUGAGGCUUGAGGCUAAGAGUGGUGCGGUUUCGAAGACUGCGGAGGUCGCGACAUAGGCCAAAGUUGGGGUUGAAAAGAUCAAAAUAAAUGAAAAGGGUGACUCUGGAAUGCGCAAGCACAAACACCGAGCAGUCGAGUCGUAGGCCGAUUUCUACAAGAUGUUCUUGUGUGAAACUUCGGACAGCUCCCGCGCUUUGUUCUCUCCUGUCUCCUGUCUCUAUCCUUUCUCUGCUCGCUUAUUCAAUCGUCCAUCCAACCUCGAUUCGACACGAUUAGCUAGUGAUGAUGUAUCGAAUGAGAGUGCGGAGAAACUUCCCCUUGUACACUCCAUAACCGCAGACUUGUACCACUUCUCUUUUCAUGUAUUAAGCUCAACACCUUCUCCUAAAUCCCAGACUCUUGUCAAUAUCAGAACUACGAAAUGAACC